GGUGCGGUGCGGUGACCAUGCCUGGCCGUCGGAGCGGCGCCCUGUCGGAGCGGAGCCCGCUGCUGGCUUACCGGCUGUGCAGCAGCACCUCGCUGGAGGCGGAGGAGGCGCCGCCGCAGCCCCGCAAGCUCUCCACGUUCCUGGGCGUCGUCGUGCCCACUCUGCUCUCCAUGUUCAGCGUGGUGCUCUUCCUGCGCCUGGGUUUCGUGGUGGGCCAGGCUGGAUUAUACCAAUCGCUGCUCAUGUUUCUGGUGGCCUACUUCAUCAUCGGCAUGACCGUCCUGUCGGUGUGCGCAAUCUCUACCAAUGGGGCGCUGGAUGCUGGUGGCGCCUACUACAUGAUCAGCCGGGCAUUGGGCCCCGAGUUUGGCGGGAGCAUCGGCAUCAUGUUCUUCUUUGCCAAUAUUUGUGGCAGCGCACUCUACAUCUUGGGCCUGGUAGAGGCCGUGGUGGAUGACUUUGGCAUCCCGGCAGAGGGGACCAGCGGGACGGCCACCCAGGUCCUGCCCCGCAGUUACUGGUUUGACCUCUUAUACGGCACGGUCCUCCUGUUCCUGUGCCUCCUCGUCUGCCUCGUGGGUGCUGGCAUCUAUGCCAAGGCCACCUUCCUCAUCUUCCUCGUCGUCAUGGUGGUGCUGGGCACCGUCUGCCUCAGCUUCUUUCUUGUGGGCGUCCGGGUCGUGUGGCUUCCUGCGAGCUUUGAUGGGAACCACACUGAAGUCCUCAACGCGUCCUUCACCGGCUUUAAGCUCAGCACCCUCCUGGGCAACCUGCAUGCGGACUACAGCGUCGAUUACACAACUGGGCGGCUGAUGAGCUUCAGCACAGUCUUCGCCGUCAUGUUCAACGGUUGCACCGGCAUCAUGGCGGGUUCGAACAUGUCAGGUGACCUGAAGCGGCCCAGCUACUCCAUUCCUCGGGGGACCAUCAUGGCGGUGAUUUUCACCUACGUUGUGUACAAUUUGUUGGCUGUGCUCCUAAGCUGCACCUGCGACAGGCUUCUUCUCCAACGGGACUAUAGCUUUUUGAAGGACAUCAACAUCUGGCCCCCGUUUGUCAUCAUCGGGGUCUACUUUUCGACUCUCUCAGCUGCCAUGAGCAACCUCAUCGGGGCCUCUCGGAUCCUCUAUGCUUUGGCCAAAGAUGACCUCUUUGGCAAAGUUUUAGGCCCAGCAAAGCAGACAUCGGCUGGUGGGAACCCCUGGGUAGCUGUGAUCUUCUCCUGGAUACUUGUACAGCUGGUGCUCUUUUCUGGCAAGCUGAACACCAUAGCUGCGGUGGUCACCAUAUUCUUCCUGCUGGUCUACGCUACUGUGGAUUUGGCCUGCCUGGCGCUCGAGUGGGCUUCUGCCCCAAACUUCAGGCCCACCUUCAAGUAUUUCACGUGGCACACAUGUGUGCUGGGCAUUGCCGGCUGUGUCGUCAUGGUGUUCCUCAUCAGCCCUAUCUAUGCCUCAGCCAGUGUGGCCUUCAUGGUCGUCCUGCUUGUGGCCCUCCAUUACCUGUCCCCCAGCAGCAGCUGGGGCUACAUCAGCCAAGCUCUCAUCUUCCACCAGGUCCGCAAGUACCUGCUGAUGUUGGACAGCCGCAAAGAACAUGUCAAAUUUUGGCGCCCACAAGUAUUGCUGAUGGUGCGGAAUCCACGGACCUCCCUCCAGCUUAUCCGCUUCAUCAACGAUCUCAAGAAAAGCGGCUUGUAUGUGCUCGGCCACGUAGAGCUGGCGGAUUUGGACUCCCUGCCGUCCGAUCCCUUGCCGGACCAGUCGGACUCCUGGCUGCAGCUCGUGGACCGGCUGAACAUCAAGGCCUUUGUCAACCUGACGCUCUCCGGCUCAGUGCGGCACGGCACACAGCAGCUCCUCUUCAUCUCAGGGCUGGGAGGCAUGAGGCCUAACACCAUAGCUCUGGGGUUCUAUGACAACACAGCCUCCCAGGACAAUCUGUCCCAAAGCACAGCCUUCAGCGGAGAAGAGGCAAUUUGGCACGAUUUCCCUCCUGCCUGGAGUUCUAGGGGCCCCAAGCAACUCUCUUCCUGGGAGUACGUGGCCAUGAUCUGCGAUGCCAUGAAGAUGCUGCGCAACGUCCUUCUGGCCCGCUACUUUGAGGAACUCAAACUGCCUCAAAGCUUUGGGUGGCGAGCUCAGCCUCUUAUCGACGUCUGGCCCAUCAACCUGCUGCGCCCUGAUAGUGCCCGUUACGUAGACACCAGCAGCCUCUUCUUGCUACAGAUGGCCUGUGUCCUCGCCAUGACUCGGACGUGGCACCGGGCCCGCUUGCGCCUCUUCCUGUGUGUGGAGAGUUGCACCAGGCCCCAGGGCCAGGAGGACAAGUUGCGGCAGCUUCUGAAGGACUUGCGCAUCCAAGCGGAGAUCCAGAUCGUGCUGUGGGACAACGUGGUUGCCCUCCACUGGCACAGUCGCCAGGAGGACACUGCAGACAAUGCCCUCAACUUCCCUAGCAACAUCACUUCAGUUUCCGAUGAGUACCUGACAGCAGUUAACCAGUUGAUUCUCCAGCAGACUUCUACCCCUACCGUCCGCUUCCUUUACUUGCCCCGUCCCCCCGCAGACACCAAUUUAUACCCCAGGUACUUGGAGCAGCUCGAGAUCCUCACCCACGGACUGGGGCCCACACUGCUGGUGCAUGGGGUGAGUGCUGUUACUAGCACUCAGCUGUAAACCAGGGUUGUUGGUUGUCCACUAUGGGCAAGGGUUGGUGGUUGAUGGAACACCAGGCCAGGUGACCUUCAGGAAUGAGGUGAAGGUGAGCUGAAGAUCAGCCAGCAGCAUUCCACUGUUGGCUUGGCUGAAGUUGGGUCUGUUCACCUCCCUGACCUUUUCUUCCCAGGCUCAGGUGCUGCAAUUCCUCCCAAGCACAGCAACUGUGCAGCGGGGCUGGUGCCCAGCUCAGUUCCAUCGCCAAGAGCAAACUGUUCCCACCAAGUGCCUUCUCCCUGCCAUUUCUCUGAACUCCCAGCAGAGCUGCUUGUAACCCCAAAGAAUAUGAAACUGAGUCUGGGUCCUUCACCUUGGGAGUUUGACAGCUAGAAGGUUCUUUGGAGUCUGUGGCUUUGGAAACUCUGUGACAGCUGCCUUUCUUUUGACACUUGUAGAAAUGGGAGCAAAAUUAAAGGUGGCAUUGUUGGAUUUAAAGCUAUGGUGAUAGCCUGGGAGGUGUUCCUUAUUUCCAUAGGUAUCAGAACCAAAGGGUCCAUCACCAACAGCAGUGCUGUGGUCAUCCUACUGAAGAGUGAAAAACUGAUCCCUGAGCUCUGAUGUGUAACAAAUGCUGCUUUUGCGGUGUAGCAAAUGCAAUUUCCACACGUUUGUGCGAUUGCUUCCAAUCCUAGCAAGUGGGUUGUUUUGAGUAUUGGAUCCAUUCGUGGGUGCAAGAGUGGGGGAAAAAAAAUAGGUAAUCAUACCUGACUCUUCCAUUCCAUGGCCUGGCUCCCACAACACACUUAACUAGGUCAAUGUGGAGGCUAAUGAGUUGUAGAGCCUCAUAAAUCAAGUUGGUUGACCCAUUUUGCCUAGUUAGUCCUCUAAGAAAAAGAGGUGGAAAAGAAGAGUGUCUGAAAAAGCACCUCCCCAAUACAGAGUAGCUACAGUGACCCAGCUAUUCAGCCGUAUUCUGUGGCCUGCCUGUCCAGUUGAGAAGGACUAGUAAGAAUAGGGUAACGUUUAUGAGAUACCCAACACUGCCGCUGUUUUGUUCUUGUUUUGGCCCAGUUAGCAUGCUCUUGAGUUGCCUGAACCACUAGUAGAAGAUUUCGCUGGGUUGAUGGCUGGCCAGGUUAAAUGUGUUCCUUUUUGCUCCAGAAAUUGCUCAGCAGAUCUACAGUAGCUUAUCCAGCCAGGCCCUAACAGGAAACACUGAAGCACCGUUGUUAGCGCCAGUCCCAGGUGGCUGAGAACUCACAGAGUCACCUUACAGUAAUGCAAACCAUCCAGUUGGGACUGAUGGUGGGAUUUUCUGUAAGCCAAAAGUUACCUUCCAAGAUAUGUCACAUCCAUGUGUUCAGAGUUGGGAGAUGCAGUCCCAAAUAGCUAUAGAGAAACAAGUUGGGGAAAGCUGUUCCUGGUAUUUGGACUGGAUCCUCCUUCAAUUUGCUUUCCACUUAGAACUUACUCCUGAUAUUGGCCAGUUCAACGGACUUUGAAGAAGUAGGAUAGGAAGAAUAUUGAUGCUU